CCAGGAUGUGCGAUGAACGAAAAUCCAGCGAGGAGGAUCCAGGAUGGAGGGGACGCGGUAUGGUUUUGUUCCACCGGUUACAAUACCCACGUUAGACAGAGGCUCGGCACUGACAGCUUUGCUGCUCAAAAUUAACAGGCUCUCAGUGACCGCCGUGUGAAACCUGUAACAGUGUGCAAACCCAGGAUCGUGUAUCGCCUUCUUGUACGGCGCCAGAUCCCGACACCCCGCCGUACCAUCCAAAAGCCGGCGCAUAGGUAUGCCCAAUUUUCCUUAUCAGAGUCACGCUAGAAAAACCUGUUCCGCAAAGCAAGUCUUCCCUGACGACUCAGACGGUAAGAUACCUACGAUAGCCCCGAACACUGAUAGAACUGGGCAGAUAGAGAGGCUUAGCGCCGAUUCCGUCAGUGCUUUGAUUUUCUUUCACUCGUUGCCUGGUCUUUCCACCCAAAAUCCCUUUUUAUCAGUUUGCAUCAGACACAGCCAUCUGAAAUUCCGGGCACCCAAGGGUUGCUGUCCCACACAUAAUUUAAUCAUUAGGGCUGUACUCCCUUCGCUGAUAAAAAUCUCCCGUUCCAUCCACCACCGUCUCCUAGCACAAACUCAAGUCAUUACUCCGUUCACAGACAAGCUAGUUACACCUUCGUGCUACCUGCAUCGCGCAAAAGACGUCACCCUCGCACACAGCAUGGCUGUCACUGUUUCUUCCGCCCUGGCUGCUUGCCCUGGCUUUUGGGCUCGGUGGUGUCUACUACGUGGAGUACCGCCUCUUCUCGUACCAAGGUCUCCCGAAGAGUCUUGCCUUCGCCGGCUCGGAUGGCUCGUUCUUUUCACGCGGCCGUGCCACCCUGUGGUCUGUCCUGAGCCUUGACACUCUCCUCUAGGCCGGUCAUCAAGACGUAAGAUGCACACCCAUUUUUCGUGUAACCGCGCUCUUUAACAACUCAGCUCCAGUUUUCGAGAAAGGGGCGCCCCUACAUCCUCCCGAACAUCUUCACUGGCCACCAAGUCAUCCACCCGCACACCAGUCUCCCCUGGCUGCUGAGACAGCCACCCAGCGUGCUGAGCCAGCGCGAGAGCAACAACGAGUUCCUAGCCGCUAAGCAUACCUUUCUCAACUGUUUCGCCGCUGAAGACAGCGAGUGGAUCCAUGUCGCCAUCAGGGAUAUCACCAGAGUGCUCAAAAAAAAGUCCAACGGCGUGGUCGACGAGAUCCAGGCAACCCUAGGCGACCUCUUUAGGAAGGAC